ACGAGAGCGGUCAAGAAAUAACAACUUCCGGGUCUGAACGAAGCUUACAUCCGGGAUUUGCCCUUUCUUUGAAUUUCCGUCUGUUCCAGGCGUGCUGGUAGUUUUGCAGAACCUAGUUGUGAAUUGACGGAUAAAAGCAGGCGCACAAGUCAGAUUUCCCAGGUGGAAGACUUCAGAUGUUGCUCAUGAGCUCUCCUUAAUUUGUGAUGCACCCAGAUCUGUCUCCUCAUCUGCACAGCGAAGAAUGCAACCUUAUUAUCCGUCUGCUCAAGGAGUGCCACAAAGAGCACUCCAUCAUGAGAUAUUUUGGUCGUUGCAAUGAUUUUGACAGAGAAAUGAGGCGAUGCUUAAAGAAAGAGUAUCAAGAAAACAGAGCCAGGAACCAAGCACACGCAGAAGAGAGAAGACGAAAAAUGAGAACUUCAGAACCAUAGAUAGAGCUGAGGACUGGACAACAUACGGAUGGACAAAGGAGUGUGUUGUAUCAUGUCUUCUGGGUACCUUAAUAAAGAAAACUAUUUAAAUCCAAAACAUUUGUGUG